AUGGGGAGUAGGUUGCGUAGAUCCUGGAGUAGUGGAAAGCGCAAGUAUGAGGUGCGCGCGCCAGUGAGCUGGCGGUUAGCGCGCGGAGCACACGCGCGCGUGCGCAUCACCCCUCCGUCCGAUAAAAUCAGUGUUGUAGAAUAUUAUAGAUGUGUGUAUAGUAGAGGGCAGCGGCGGCGGGCGGCGGGCGGCGGGCGGCGGGAGAUAAUAAACGAAAACUUGAGCUUAGUUGGGCAACAACAAGACAAGUUCUUGUCCUGUUUUUUGGGCUGUUGGUCGAAAGUGGCCACUGAAUAUGGAGUCCACAGCGGCGUCAUUCCUUACAACUGUAUGUUGUUAUUGGCAAUUGGCAUACUCGCCGGGAUGCGGAGGUCGGCGGCGGCGCGGGCGGAUGGCGGCAGUCGGUAUGCUUGUGCGCGGCUGUUGCCGGACCAGACGUACGAGGGCGCCGCCGUCGUUGCCCCCGCCCCCGCCCCCGCCCCCGCCCCUCCCGCCGCCGCCACCGCUGCACACGCGCACGCGCACACGCUGCACGCCCUGCUGCGUGCGCACCGCGCGCACGCCGAGUUUUUCUGCGCCAACCGACGGGCGAUAGAGAGUGUGAGGCGCGCGCAGGCGGGAGGCGGAGCGCACACGCCACACCACGCGACGCUGACGGUAAGACACUUACUGACGUAUGUAGCUCUACCAACUGACACCAUAAGUCGAGUAGUACAUUUCCAUCGGGAUUGGGAAAGGCUUCUCGUAGCGGGUGAGCGGGCCGCGGGCGGGGUCUACUCUCGCAUAGCUUUCGGCGUGAGCUUACAAAUAAAUAAACCAGUUUCCCCCUCCCCGCGCCCCGCCCCAUCGCCGCUGUCUGUGCGCGCACGCAGCCUUUGCCCCGCGCUCGCUGGCAUCCUCCGUUUAAUGCACGGAAUGAACUCUUACCCCCCUGAAGUAAUAUAA